GUGUCGCCACUCUGUUCUCUCUACCGCUCUGGGUGGGUGGUGUUAGCAAAACUUCCGUCUGUGCCUGAAGGUAGUGGCGCCAAAUUCAGAUGUGUAGUUCAGGGUUGGCGGGAGAUGAGUCGUUGCUGCUGGUGUUGUUCUGUUCACUCUCUGUCACAUUAAAUUAGUUAGUGAUUUUAUAAAGCAUUAAUUGUACACAUUUACCGGAUCACCAGACAUGGAGGAGUUCAGUGUUUAUGCAGUAUUUGGACCGGAUGCGCCUCCCCAACAGAUUGUAAAUCUUUGUGAACCUUGGAACAAAUCUGAGUUAAAGCCAGGCAUCCAGCAGAUUGUGCUCUUCACCAGAGGAAGAUGGGAAGAGUGCACUAGUGUUUCAGUUGAACUCAGUGAUAAAAGAGACACCCUAAUUACUCUGGGCAAAUUAACUCCCUUUAACAAGUGUGUCUCAUGGGAGCUAGGGGAAGAUGGUGAAUGGUCUGACGGGGCAGUGUUAACUGUCCACCUUGAGGGGGUUAAGAGAAGGAUGCUUAACCCAGCACUUACCGUUGCACAAAAUGAAUAUACCCCAGAGUGCAACACCACAGCGGUGGUACCACAAAAAGGACCUGGCAAAAGGAAGCGUGCACAGACUCAGGAUGAGGAAAAGGACUCUAGAGAACAAGAAAAUAUUUGCCCAAAUUCUUCAGAAAAGGUAACGCCACAGCGGCGAGGCAAGAGCAGCCGCACAGGACAAACACGCCUGUUCCAGCAAAAAGAAGAGCAGAGCAGCAUCCGGACCCCACCAAAUCAGAGAGCAAAGGGAAAGCAGACCAAAACCCCCACACAGACUGCCCCAGGUGAUGGCCCAUCAGGCCGGUGGGGUCAAACCCUGUGUCCAAUUGACCCUCAGACAGCCAUACUUAUUGGAGGACAAGGUAACAGGAUGCACUUCUGCAAGGAUCCUAUUUGGAAACUGUGUACAGAGGAUCUAUCCUGGGUCCCUGCUGAAACUCUGGCAGAGGGCCCAACACCAGAGACUCGGAUGGGCCACACAGCAACCUAUGACCCUGAAUCAAAGCGAAUCUUUGUGUUUGGUGGCUCCAAGCAUAAGAAAUGGUUUAAUGAUGUUCAUAUUCUGGACACACAAAGCUGGCGCUGGACCAUGGUGGAGGCUCAAGGUAAAGUUCCUCCCCUGGCUUAUCACAGCUGCACUCUGUUCCGAGGAGAACUUUUUGUGUUUGGGGGUGUGUUUCCUAAACCACAUCCAGAGCCUGAUGGCUGCAGUGACUCCCUCUAUAUUUUUAAUCCUGAUAUGGCUAUCUGGUAUCAGCCCAUUGUCAAUGGUGACAAGCCUGCUCCACGUUCUGGGCAUUCUGCAUGUGUGAUGCAGGGGAAGAUCUUUAUUUUUGGAGGCUGGGACACUCCUGUCUGCUUUAAUGACAUGUUCAUGCUGGAUUUAUGUCUGAUGGAGUUUUCACCUGUAAGGACAAGUGGGUCACCCCCCUCACCAAGGAGCUGGCAUGGCUGUGCUGUCCUUUCUGAUUCACGUUUCCUUAUUCAUGGAGGCUACAAUGGAAAUGAUGCACUGGGUGACACCUUUAUUUUUAAUACAGACACCAGCUGCUGGACAUCUUUGGCAUGCAGUCAGUUAACCUCACAGCCAAGAGCUGGACAUUCCAUCAUUACCAUGGCAACAGCAUGCAUAAAGGAUUUGACUGAUGAGAAAGACGACGUUUCUGAGGCUUUACCUCAAACCUUGCUUGUGUUUGGAGGAGGAGACAACGAAGGCAGCUUCUUCUCUGACUUGAUCACUGUGCCAGUAACUGAGCUGUGUGAAUGAGUUUGGAUGAAAAGGGAAUUAAGAGCAUUAGCAGCAGUUCUGUGUUCAUUUUGUUGCAAAACCUUUGAAUGUUUAGCUUUUGUUCUAGAAGCUUUUUUGUUUGUUAAAUUAAGGUGGAAAUCACUGAAGCUUGAGUGGAAUUAAAAGGUAUCUGUUUAGUGUUUUAAAGGUAGUUUUAAAGUGAAAGGUUUAGUUUAAGUAAAUGUCGUUUUGUACAGUGAAACCUUUAUCUGUUCUGGUUUAAUGAAAUAUCAGUGCAAAUCAGAACACAACUGUAACAUUGAGUCAUAUAAAAAGUUUUAAUUGUGUAAAUAAUCAUUAAAAUGUUUAUUAAAAGAAA